AUGUCGGAAACCGCACCUGCAGCGCCUGCUACAGCUUCCCCUGCGGAGAAGACUCCAGUAAAGAAGAAGGCCCGCAAGCCCGCAGGUGCCGCCAAGCGCAAGGCGUCCGGGCCCCCGGUGUCCGAGCUCAUCACCAAGGCGGUGGCCGCCUCCAAGGAGCGCAGCGGCGUGUCCCUGGCCGCGCUGAAGAAGGCGCUGGCGGCCGCUGGCUACGAUGUGGAGAAGAACAACAGCCGCAUCAAGCUGGGGCUCAAGAGCCUGGUGAGCAAGGGCACCCUGGUGCAGACCAAGGGCACCGGCGCCUCCGGCUCCUUCAAGCUGAACAAGAAGGCAGCCUCUGGGGAAGCCAAGCCCAAAACCAAGAAGGCUGGCGCUGCCAAGGCCAAGAAGCCAGCUGGGGCAAAGAAGCCCAAGAAGUCCUCGGCUGCCACCCCUAAGAAGACCACCAAGAAGACCCCUAAGAAGGCAAAGAAGCCAGCAGCGGCUGCUGGGGUCAAGAAAGUGGCCAAGAGCCCGAAGAAGGUGAAAGCAGCCAAGCCCAAGAAGGCGGCCAAAAGCCCAGCUAAGGCUAAGGCUCCUAAACCCAAGGCAGCCAAGCCCAAAGCAGCCAAGCCCAAAAAGGCAGCUCCCAAAAAGAAGUAAGAGACUAAGAAUACUUUAAAAGGCUCUUUUCAGAGCCACCCAAUUAAUCUUAAAAGAGCUAUUAACACUGUGUUUAUGGGAUGUCGGUUGGAGGAGGGUGGGAAAGUUACUAAACAUUUAACAGCAUU